CCCCUCCCCCUUUUCUGCAGAGCUAUGGCUGCUAAAGAUGUUAUACCUGAGGCUCAGAGCUCAGCGGCCAUGGGAACAGGUGCGUGGGUGUGGAAGGAGGCUACUGGAGAACUGGAAUUUCAAAGGUAGCUAUACAGUACUGCUUGAAGGGCAGAGUCUCACACUCAAAGCCAAGACCAUGGCUGCCAGCAUAUACACAAACAACUGAAAUGACAGGCAGCGAUGAUGAUGGAGUAAUAUCACUGCAAGACAUCAAAGUUGUUGCUGUUAAGCUGAUUGGUGACGACACUCUCAAGAAGACACGACGAAACACUUGUCAUCUGUUUGACAGUUGUUCACAUACACCUGAGAUGGACCACCUCCUCUGGUCAACACUCAUCUACUACAACUGUUGGAGGGAGCACAAUAAAGCACUCAAUGAUGAUAACGUAGCCAUACCAGGUUCCCUUGGUGAUGGUUGCCGAGAGACGCUACGACACUGGAGGGACGAGCUGGCACAGAGUAGGAUCAACCUUGGUGAAGCAUAUUCCAGAAUCAUACUCGGCCUUGGGCACUCUGAGAGUCACCACUGUCAGGCCGGGAGGUUGAGGGUGUCCAGAACACAGACUGACAAGGAAUUUUUUGAGGUGCUGUAUGAGUUCAUAUUGUAUGUGGUGUGGGUCACCUUUGGUUACAAGGACUGGGAGGUGGUCCAUCAACAGCUGGGAAGUUUCUUCAGAACUCCACAGUUCAACAGAGACUUCAAUAGUGGAAAUGAUGGUGCAGCUGCUGUGAGGGUGGAGGGUUUAGGAGAUAUCAAGAAAUCCAGUGAACAAUAUCUAACUUACAAGAUUGUCUAUGAGAGACCGUUUGUAGGAAUGAUGAAAGACCUGCACUCAGAAGCACACACGAGUUACUUCCCACAGCCUAAGGACAAGUAUCCAUGGGUAUUUGAGACAGCCUGCAAACCACCAAAGCAAGAGGGGAACUUUCUACCCACCAACUGGAGCCCUCCCGAGAGACUGGGGAUUAUUGGUGAUAGGAGGACGUACUAUGACCCCACCACCCUCCGCUAUCUGGACGAGGACGGUGCUGAGUCAGCAGACGAGACAGAUAGCAUUAUCAGUGACAUCAUAGAGGAUGAGGGAGAUAGUGACAGUUCAUUCUAAGCAUGUUCUUUAUACAUCAUCAAUAAUUAUAUUAGAUUCUAAUGUGUUUUUAUACAGACUGCCUUAAUUUUUCACAUAAUUUUUUAAACAAGAAUUUUUUUACUCGACAAUAAUG